UCUGAACAGUAUACAAAGCGGACGGGCCGCAUAGUGCACGUGCCGAGUGUUAUCCACCACACCAUAUUCAGUGUGCCUUUAAUAGCGACAAUAACAUCUCUCUAUUUUGAAAAUAGAAUAUAUAUAUAUAUAUAUUUUAAAUCUGUGUUAUCAUUAAGUACCUAGUGCGUUUCAUUUUAUAAUUUUGAAUACGCAUCAAAACUGUGGAUGUCGUGAAUACCAAGCACUAGGAGAUCAAGAAUUAUAAGAUAUGGAGAAACCAACGAUGCAUAUGCUCUCCGUUCAGGAGAAGGGCGGACAAACCAGGAAGACAAACCAGUACAUCGCAGCUAUUGCAGCGGCAAUUGGCGCCGUGAUAGCCGGAACUAUUCUCGGCUGGACAUCCCCUGCUCUGCCACAGCUGGAGCCAGUAAAAGUACAGAAUAGAACGAAUGUCACCAUUGUUAACACCACAUUAAUCAACUCUGUAGGGCAGGAAGCUGAAUUCCUGUUGAACACUAAAGAAAGUUCCCUCGUGUCUUCAAUAUCGGCCAUUGGUGCCCUGAUAAGCGCCUUGCCAGUCGGCUUGCUGGCUCAGAAGGCGGGUCGACGUCCGACAAUACUCAUAUUGUCAAUUCCAUUUCUACUUAGCUGGCUUUUAAUCAUAUUUGCUCGAGGUGCCACACUGCUUAUUAUUGGUAGAUUCUUCGCGGGACUUGGAACUGGUGGUAUCUGUGUAGCGGCUCCGAUGUACAUAGGCGAAAUAGCUGAAACUUCCAUAAGAGGGUCUCUGGGAGCCUUCUUCCAGCUAUUCCUGACAGUUGGGAUCCUGUUCACCUUUGUGGUGGGCGGCUGGACUCACUGGCGCACCCUCUCCAUUAUCUCUGCUGCCCUGCCUCCGCUAUUAGUAAUUGUUUUCUGGUGGAUGCCAGAAACACCUCAAUAUCUUCUUAGUAAAAAUCGACGACGUGAUGCGGAAAAAGCACUUCGCUGGUUGCGAGGGCCGGAUGCUGAUCUUAGUGAUGAACUAGAAGAUAUGCAGAAGGAGGUCGAUGACGCUUCACGACAACGCGCUGGCAUUCUCAGUAUAUUUUCACAUCGAAACACUCGUAUGGCCUUCAUUUGUUCCCUCGGCCUGAUGUUCUUCCAGCAGUUUAGUGGUAUCAAUGCCGUCAUCUUUUACACCAAUAAUAUUUUCCAAUCUGCCGGUUCAGACAUUCAGCCUGUCAUUGCCACUAUCAUUGUUGGUGUUGUCCAAACAGUAGCCACUUAUAUUUCCUCCUUACUUAUUGAAAAGGCUGGUAGAAGAGUACUGUUGCUUCAAAGUGGUACUAUUAUGGGAAUCACUCUUAUUAUCCUGGGAGUAUAUUUCAAGCUUCAAGAGAGCGGCCACAAUGUCUCAUCAUUCGGUUGGCUGCCAUUGGUUUGCUUGAUUCUCUUCAUAACAUCCUUCUCUUUGGGAUUUGGACCUAUACCCUGGAUGAUGAUGGGGGAGUUAUUUACAGUAGAAUAUAGAAGUGCCGCAACUGGUAUAUCGGUUGUAGUAAACUGGUUUUUGGUAUUCAUCGUAACUUUAUGCUUUCCGUUGAUGAGAGAUGCAAUUGGUAUAUACAGUUGCUUCUGGUUCUUUUCCUCUAUCAUGAUUGUGUGUGUCUUCUUUGUAUUCUUUUUGGUACCAGAAACAAAAGGCAAAACUGUAUCACAAAUUCAAGCAAUUCUUUCUGGUGUAAGUUCGUGAUAAUACGAAUGUUUAUACAAGAGAUUGCAUUACGAAGGAAAUUUUUACUUGCAUUGCAAUUUAUAGACUACACCCAAGUUAAUAUAGCCAUAAUAAAUAUAAAAUUUCUAUUAUCUAUGUACAUUUAGGUAUUUGGAUACUUGGUUGUAGUAAUUAAUUCAUCAAAAAGUUUAAUUUUUGUUAUAUUUCUAUAUGGGUACCACCGUUUUAUCUAUCAUAUACAUCAAGUUGUGAAACAGCAAUGCGUGCUUUGUUGUUUAACUCAAAAAGUAAAACAGGCAGUGCAAUCUCUGACACAAAAAUCAAAAUUAGUUCUCAGAAAAGAGAAAAACGGGAACGUAGCAUGCACUAUGCCAUUAUGCAGAUUAUUUUGUGAUAAUCAUGGUGUUAUUCAUAUCAAGUGAACCAACUGCUUGUAUUAGAUGAUAGAUAUCAAGAUAUUAUUUCAAGACUGUAGGAUCUUGGGUUCAAACUCUGGAUCGUUAGGGAUUUUUAUUUCACUAUAAUUCAAACUACAUACAGUAAUUGUGUUUUGAGACUCGUCUAGGCAACAUCGUGUUACAACACCUCAGUUCUUUGAUGAACUUUUAAAUAAAUAAGUGGAAAUAUAUAUUAGGAAAAACAUUUUUCCUAAUAAAAGUUAUCAAUUCUCACGCGGUAUUAUCAAGAGUAGAAUUCAAUUAUCAAACAAUUCAAUAACUUGAAUGAUAGACUAAAUGAUAGACCAGCUUAGUAGUUGCUACAAUCUCAGAAAUGUAUAAUAUAUACCAAUAUCUGAUGCUAAACUUAAUGAAGACACACUCACAAAGGAAGUUCACGAACCCGAAUUCUCCAAAAUGGAUAAAAUUUUGUCAAUUUGUGGAAUAAAUUAUUCUUUUUAAAAACCUUGAUUGCAGGAAAAUUCACUUAUAUUGCGACCAUAUUAGUGCAUAAUAUUAGGCAAAGAUAAUCAUCUAAUCAUUAUUAAUGUUUUGUCUGUAUAUUAUAUACCUAGGGAAUGUUUUGGAGUAUUCAGGUUCGUGCCCUUUCCUUCUGAUUUUACGAGUAUAUACUUGUAGUCGGUUUAUACUUCAAACUGGUUCUUUCACUCAGUUCAGCACCUGAUGCAACCAUAUUGCUGUCGCAACAUUCCCUUUUCAGUUUUGUACAUAGGUAGUUGAUAGGUAGUUAAUAAAAUCCUUAGCCAGAUAGAUGCAAUUUAAUUAGAUGUUAGAUGUAAGAGCGAAUGUAUGUGCCAAAUAUUUUUUGUUACAAUGAAUGUGAUGUUAUUUAUUAUUAGAAUAAAUUAUUUUUGUAUU